CCGCCCAAAACCCCUCUUUUAGAAACCCUUCGAUCGAUCGAAUCCUCUUCCCCUCUCUCUCUCGCUUUCUCUCUCGUCGCCGAUUUGUUCAUAGUUUUCGAUCGAUCCGUUGCUUGGUUUAAUGAGCAAAGAGGAAAUGGAGGAGGCGACGGAGACGACGAAUAAUGGGGCGAAGAGCGAUGGAGCCGCGGAUUCCCCAACCUCGGUGUUGGAAGAUGAGGAUAUGUGUGAUGCCAAAGUGAUCAAGAACGAGAACGGGCUUGAAGACGAUUCGUCGUCUCUGCCGCUUGAUCUCGCGGCGAAGAACGGGGACACGUCGCUCAUCUCCGAAGCCAUGGCGGAAGAGGAGGAGAAGCUUCUUGUGGCCCGGAUCAAGGAAGAGGAAGGGGAGGAAUUCAAAGUUAAGAAGGAAGCCUCUGAACAAGCAUACGAUCCCGACGUCAGAUUCAGCAAGCUGGACGAGCUUUUGACGCAGACGCAGCUUUACUCGGAGUUCCUUUUAGAAAAGAUGGACGAUAUCUCAUUGAACGGGGCGGAGAGUAAAGCCGAAGAAGAGGAGGGCGAGGAAAAAGUGAAGAAGAGAGGUCGGGGUCGGAAGCGGAAGGCGGCCUCGCAAUACAACACCAGAAAAGCUAAGACUGCUGUAGCCGCCAUGCUUACAAGAUCUCGUGAAGCUGUCUCUCUGGAAGAUGCCAGCCUUACAGAGGAGGAGAGAGCUGCGAAAGAGCAGGCGGAACUUGUCCCAUUAAUGACCGGUGGAAAAUUGAAGUCCUAUCAAAUUAAGGGUGUGAAGUGGUUGAUAUCACUUUGGCAAAACGGGCUUAACGGAAUCUUAGCGGAUCAAAUGGGUCUCGGCAAAACAAUCCAAACAAUCGGUUUUCUUGCGCAUCUUAAAGGAAAGGGUUUGGAUGGGCCUUACAUGGUCAUAGCUCCUCUUUCGACUCUCUCAAACUGGGUCAAUGAGGUGUCAAGAUUUGUUCCUUCCCUGAGUGCUAUUAUUUACCAUGGAACAAGGAAAGAGAGGGCAGAGAUCAGGAGGAAAUAUAUGUCUAAACAAAUUAGCCCUAAAUUCCCGAUUAUAGUCACAUCAUAUGAGGUCGCCCUCAACGAUGCAAAACUUCUUUCUCAUUAUAAAUGGAAGUACGUGGUGGUAGACGAGGGUCAUCGAUUGAAGAACUCAAAAUGCAUAUUGUUGAGGGAAUUGAGACGCUUGCAAAUUGAGAAUAAGCUUCUUUUAACUGGAACACCUCUGCAGAACAACUUGGCUGAGCUGUGGUCACUGCUGAACUUUAUUUUGCCUGACAUAUUCUCAUCCCAUCAAGAGUUUGAGUCAUGGUUUAAUUUGUCUGGAAGAGGCAACAGCGAGAACCAACCGGAAGAGAAUGAAGAAAAGCGAAGGGUUCAGGUGAUAUCCAAGCUCCAUUCAAUAUUACGCCCAUUCCUCUUAAGACGAAUGAAGGAAGAUGUAGAGAAAAUGCUUCCGAGAAAGAAGGAGAUCAUUCUAUAUGCUAAUAUUACUGAGCAUCAGAAGGAAAUCCAGGAUCACUUAGUCAACAAAACACUUGAGAACUUUUUAAUAAAGAAAGCCGAAAAUGUGUUUUUGAAACCAGGAAUGAAGAGAAAGCUGAAUAAUUUGGUAAUGCAGCUUCGUAAAAAUUGCAACCACCCUGAUCUUUUGGAAUCUGCUUUCAACGAUUCGUUUCUUUAUCCACCUAUCAAUCAGCUUGUAGAACAGUGCGGCAAAUUCCAGCUGCUUGACAGGUUGCUGACUCUAUUACUUGCUCGAAAGCACAAAGUUCUGAUUUUCUCUCAGUUUACGAAACUUUUGGACAUACUUGACUAUUACUUGAGCGAGAAAGGACUUGAGGUUUGCAGAAUUGAUGGUCAUGUUAAACUGGAUGAAAGACGAAGACAGAUAGAAGCAUUUAAUAAUCUAGACAGCAAUCUCGACGUCUUUCUUCUUAGCACUCGAGCCGGUGGUCUUGGUAUUAAUCUUACUGCCGCCGAUACCUGCAUUUUGUAUGAUAGUGACUGGAAUCCUCAAAUGGAUCUGCAGGCUAUGGAUCGAUGCCACAGGAUUGGGCAGACCCGGCCCGUACAUGUAUAUAGGUUGGCAACAGCACAUUCUGUGGAGGGUCGCAUGAUAAAGAAAGCUUUCGGAAAGUUGAAGUUGGAACACGUGGUUAUUGCGAAAGGACAAUUCCAGCAAGAUAGAGUAAAAAACAAUGCAUUGGAGGAAGCUGAACUACUGGCGCUGCUUCAAGACGAGAAGGACGAGGAGGAUAAGCUGAUCCAGACUACCAUCAGCGACGAAGAUCUUUUGCGGGUAUUAGACCGCAGCGACCUGAUCCAACCCGCCAUCGGCGGCAGCGACUCCGCCGCAAUCAACUCCCUCCCCUUGAAAGGGCCUGGCUGGGAAGUAGUGAUACCUACUAAGAGCGGCGGCAGCGUACUCUCUUCGCUCAGCAGUUAAAAAAACAAAAACAAAUCCUGCAUACUUACCUCUUCUGGGUUUUUGUCAAAUAUAGACACAAACUUGUAGUUGAUUGCCCAUGAUGAGGGGAAUAUUAUUAUCAUUUAGAUGUGUUUAAAACUACUCCAUGAAAUGGGUGUAAUCUUAUGAGGGUGGUAGUGGGUCAAUGUGGCAUGAGCUGUUGCAGGUUUUGGUAAACUAUUUUUGCGGCAGCGAGCUCUUUAUGUAACAAUGGCACCCCAUUUUUGUAUGCACUGUUGCGCAAAGUAAUCUAUCAUUAAUAGAUAAGUUGGCAUCUUUGUGUUUA